AUGUGGACGGCGUCUGGAAUGGUGGCGUUGUUAGCCACAACGGCCCUUGGUGCCGAAGUCGCCAAGCAAUGGAGCGUUGGCUGGGUCAAUGAUGUGAACCCAGAUGGAAGGUUCCCUCGCCGUGCGAUUGGCAUCAAUGGCAAGUUCCCCGCCGAUCCCCUCACUGUCAACUCGGACGACUUUGUCCACAUCAACUUUACCAACAAGUUUGGCGAUGGACGCCCGUCCACACUGCAUGCACACGGACUCUUCUUCACAAACGUCAACUACUACGAUGGUGCUGCUAGUGUGACGCAGUGCCCUGUCCCGGACGGAUACUCGUUCUACCACGAGAUCCUCAACUCGCCAAAGAGUGGCGAGAACGCACCCAAGCAAUGGGGAACAUACUGGCUGCACGGUCACUACCAGGGCCAGUAUGCAGACGGACUGCGCACGCCGUUCAUUAUUCACCGUGCCGAGGGAGAGGCGUACGACUACGACGACGACUACACGGUGGUGCUAGCAGAUUGGUACCACGAGAAGAACGGGUACAUUCUGAAGCAUGACUACUUGAAGCAGAACGGAUCGUACCCGACGCCCGACUCCGGACUGAUGUACUUUGCUCACACAAAAAAGGGACUCGAGGCCAAGACCAUGCCAGGCAUGAACGAGAAUGCGACUCUGCCAUUUGAGCCGGGCAAGACGUACCGACUGCGCCUGAUCAACAUGUCGGCGACAACCGUGUUUGACUUUUGGAUCGAUGGACACGACAUGGAGAUUAUCGAGGCAGAUGGUGUGGAUGUGGAGCGGUAUCCGACAGACACAGUGCAAGUGGCUGUGGGACAGCGAUACAGUGUGUUGGUAAAGGCACGAGACGAGCCAACGAAGGACUGGACGAUCCACGCAAACAUGGAGCGGGUGACGUUCGGAGACGUGGGUGACCUGAAGCUCAACCUGACGAGUCGGCUGACGUACGGAGCGAAUGGACAAGAGAUGGGAGAGGUGGAGGAGCGGAGCACAAGUGGGAAGAAGCUCAUGGACGACACGCAGCUUGUGCCGAAGGAAGAAGUGGGCCUGGACAAGCCAGACAAGCGCGUGACGCUGGUGGUGAAGACGGGCUUGGACAAGAACAAGGUGCCGUAUGCAUCGUUCAACAACACGCCGUAUGCCGGACCAAAGAGGCCAGUGAUGCUGACGAUGCUGGGCGAGCAUGGAACAGAGGCAAGUGCGUACGAGAACCGGACCGAGGCGGUGAUUGUGCCCUACAACCAAACGAUCGAAAUGACGAUUCUGAACGACUCUGGCGGCGCACACCCUAUCCACAUGCACGGGACCAAGUUCCAGGUGGUGCAGCGGGCGAACGGAACGAAGGGAGAGAUGCCAAAGAUGCCAGAAGUGAAUGAGGAGCAAAAGAACCCGAUUCGCAGGGACACGGUGCGGCUAGAAGCAUGGGGGAGUGUGACGAUCCGCUUCCGAGCCGUGAACCCAGGAGCGUGGAUCUUGCACUGUCACAUGGACUGGCACCUGGCAGCAGGCAUGGCGAUGGUGGUAGUGCAAGCGCCCGAAGAAGCACAAAAGGUGCUGGACGUGCCGCCGUACGUGAAAGAGCAGUGCAAGGUGUUUUGGAACGAGGAUGACGAGGAUGCUACAGGACCGUGA